AUUGUAGGUUUUCUUAUUCAUAUUAAUUUCCAAAUUGAAAAUCUGAAGCAGAUGUUACUAGAUACUUUCAAGGACACAAAUUGUUUAAAUGACAAUAACCUUACUGUUGCAAGGAUAAAAAAAUGCGCUAGGUAUCAUCAACUAAUAAUUGACUACACCUCGGACGUUUUCGAAUGCUUCACAACCUUGCUGAUUGUCCAUGUAUCACUGGCAUCAAUUGUCUUAGCUUUUUUGAGCUUUCAAAUAGUACAUGCUAACGAAACCAGUGAAAAGAUAAGACAUUUGGUGCAUCUGGGAGGUUGGAUGGCACUGCUUUUUGCUACUUGCUAUUAUGGUCAGCAAAUCAUAGAAAAGGUAAGACGUAAAACUUACAACAUGUUAGUAGAUGUUUCAUAG